CUCACAUCUCCCUGCACACGAAUGGUUCAGUCCGACGGUGCCUGCAGCAGAGAGGAGGGAGGAAGAGGAGGAAGAGGAGGAUGUGGGUGGAGGAGGGGUCCAGGAGCCAGAUGAUGCUGAUGACAGAGAGAGGAGGAGGGGGAGGAGGAUCCUGUUCGCCGGCAGCAGCAGCACCACCACCACCACCAGCAGCAGCAGCAGCAGCUCCAUCCCCAUCCCAUGCGUCUGGAGGAAGAAUUAAAACAAUGGAGUCACAUCCCAACAUGUGCUAGUUUCGUUCUUCAAACAUCGCAGCCGGGUUCCAGACGCAGCUGAAGAUGCUUCCCUCCUCAUCCUCAGCGCAGAUGGAGGGAUGCGAGGAGCAGAGAGACGCACACAUGCACACGGAGUGCCACAGACUGACGGAGGAGCGGGACGAGGCCGAGAGACAACUCAAACACAUCAAGAGAGUGUCUCAGAUGGUGAUCGAGGAGGUGAGCGUCCUGCAGACUCAGCUGGAGAUCGAGAAGUCGUGCCGGGAAAAUGCAGAGGCCGUGGCUACAAAGCUCAACAGUGAGAACAGGAAGUUCAAGUACCUGAGCCUGUCGUCCCGGACGUCUCUGGACGAGCUUCUUCCCAGCAUCUCCGACUGCGUUGCCCUGGAGGCCGACGCAGACGCUGCAGACGCUGCAGACGCUGCAGACGCUGCAGACGCCAGCCCCGACACCUUCAUACAGUAUCAGCUACAGGUUAAAGAGCUGAGGGACACGGUGACCGGCUUGUUGGAGGAGAAGAAGAAUUUUGUUUGUCAGAUUCACGACCAGCAGAAACGGAUCGAUGAGCUGACCAAUCAGUCAGAGAGAAAUCAGACGGAGAUGAAGGACCUUCGUGAAACUGUCAAUAAACAAAGUAAAACCAUCAAGAGAUUUAACAGAGUCUCCAUGAUGGCCACUCAGGAGUACGAUGGGAUGAAGGAGCAGCUGGACCUGGAGCAGAACCUGAGGGUCAAAGCUGAGACCUACGCUCACGAGAUGCUGGUGAAGCAGAAGGAGGCCAACAGGCAGAGUAUGCUGCUGCUGCAGAAUGCUGAGCCAAGCAUUCAGCUGCUCAAAGCUCUGGAGGACGUGGCAGCCAUCACCAAAACCCUGGAGGACGAGCGUCUGCAGCAUCAGCAGAAGGUGCAGAGUCUGGAGGCCCAGCUGGAGCAGAGCUCUGUGAAGGAGCAGCUGGAGGCGCUGCAGAGGCAGCUGGAGCUGCAGGAGGUGGAGAAGAAGGAGGUGGAGGGACGGCUGCAGCAGGUGGAGACAAAGAACGAGGAGCUGGAGAACAGAGUCCACGAGCUCCAGGAGACCCAGAAAAUGAUCACCAUGACGACCAGCACAGCACCCCCUCCCCCCGAACCGGGAGUUGCCCCCCCUCCCGCUCCUCCCCCACAGCCGCCUCCUCCCCCACCUCCUCCCCCACCACCGCCUCCUCCACCUCCCCCGUCCAGAUGCAAUCCCCUCAGUUCUCUGAUCGCCAUCAUGAGAAAGUCUUCAAAAGGCUCCAAAGCCUCCGUGAAGGCCGAGGAGCCUGAAUCUUCUGAGGGUUCUGAGGACGUGAAGGUGAAGGCGGUGAACGAGAUGAUGGAGAGGAUCAAACACGGAGUCGUCCUGCGGCCGGUCAAGAGCCAGGGCAGCAAGAAACCAAGCAACGCAAAGUUCGUGCCUGCUUCAUCCCCCAAUCCGCAGAGAACAGCAGUAAAACCGCCUCCACCGUGUGAGGAGAAGCCACAGGAGAGCGCCAUGGAAGAGCUGAAAGGCAUCCUGGAGACGGUGAAGAGGAGCCCGAGUCGAGGCUCUCAGGAGUCAGGCCCCUCCCCCCCGGGGAAGAAGGACAGCGAGCUGGAGGUCAUCCUGAGACGCAGACGCAACAAGGCAGGCGAGGCCGGAGCUGCAGACGACGGCCAGCUGAGCCACGUCUCCUCCUGCGACAGCCUGAACGGGAAGAGGACCAGCAGCGACUCCACUAAAGAUGCGGAGGGGCCGGGGGGGCUGAGCGCCUCGUCUGACCCGGCGGCAGCCAGGUUCAGCUCGGAGAGACGGGGGUCCGGGCCGGGACCUAUCGUGGCCCGGAGGAAGAGCUCUGACACGGGCAAGCAGGCCAGAGCGGGCUCCUGGCAGGAGAGGAGGUCCUGCAGCUCGCUGUCUGAGAGGGAGACGGCAGAGACUCCAUUCAGCAACGGCUGCGUCAACAGCGCUGGGACGGAUGAUCAAAAUGUGCCGGAGACGUGCGUCCAGUCAAACGGAGUUGACCACGGAGAACCUGCCGCGGACGCACACGCCUCCGUCUGCGCCGGGCCGGUCAACGGCAGCGCCGACGCCGAGUGCUAGGGUGGAGGCCGAGGAUCCCGGGUUUGGUUUCAUAUCUAUCAGAUUAUUUGAUGGAUACGACCGAUGUCGCUGAUAUUCACUCAGAUCAGAAGAUGAUUGGUUCGAUCACAUCAAAACAAACUUACAGUUCUGGUUCAUGUAUUUCCUGAAGAGUUUCUUCACUGACACACGUCACACAUAAGUCACCUUUUAUUGUUUUCAGUUCAAACCAGUUUGAGCAUAAAAUAUACGCGAAAGUUUAUUAAUUUAAAAUAAAAAUAAAACAUGUAAACGACAGUGAAUAUCUCUUAUUUUAGAUUUUUUUCACAUAAAGGCAAUUGUAGCCACCGUAGACUGUAAAUAAAGAUGGAAGAUUCCUCACACUGUACAAGUAUAAAGCUAAGAUGUCAGAGCCGGUGCUGCCUGCUGGUGCUGGUGAGUCAGUGUGAAGUUUCUUCAGUGAGAUGGUGCUCUGAGUUGUUAUUAAUCUACCGUACGUCAGUUAUUUUUAUUUGAAACAAACCCGUGGAUCCUCCAGGACGAGAUGACUGAACGCUACGAGGGAAGCUGCAACUUUUUUUUGCACCGAGCCUCAGUUUUCUUCAAACACUUCGACUUGUACGACGACUGCAAAGCUUUAGGUGGAUGUGUUUAAUAGUUUUCUCUGUUCGAUGCACAAAGGUCUUCGCUCUUGUGUCAUCAGAAGGAAUGCGCUGUGCCGGACUGUUAAAGAUCCAGAUUCACCUCCAGGGUAAAAAAUAGUCCAAAAAAAUCCCUGCACAUGGAAGAGAAGCACUUCCAUGUUUUCUGCAGAGGAUUUCUCUCACGUCCAGGUUCCAGCAGGUUGACGAUCAGUGUGUCUGAGGUUUGAUGUGGAAAUCCGACAAAUGUGGAAAAGUAAUAAUUCAGGUUUUGAAGGAAAAUAAUGAGAUGUUUCUCCAACAACAGAAAGGCAGUAGGUGGGUUUCCAUCACGGUUCAUGCAGAUUUGUAUUUACGCUCUAAAAAAGGUGAUGACUGAGAUUGAAGCAGACGAUUAUAAAAACAUCAUAACUUGAAUCAGGUGUCAAAACGUCCAAUGAGAGAAGAGAUGAAAACUGAUCUGUGACAUUUCUCGAAAUUAAUACAGACAAAUGUCUUAUUUCAAUGUUUCUCGAGUAAGUGACUUAUCAGCCGAAGAAGAAACUCAUCCAACAACCUAGAUAAUAAAUAUUGUUAAAUAUAUAUAAGAACCAAAAAGAUUCUCUCUUUGAGUUACGUGUGCCUUCUUUUCUUUUUCGGCGUCUUCGUGGACCGAGCAGCUGCAGGAAAAAUAGUUUGGCCGCAUUCUGUAAAAGCUUAUCUUAAUAACUUCUCAUAUUGGUGUGUAGCAUUCGUGGCUAUAAUCUGCAAAUCACAUUUUCUUUUGAAAUGUGGAUGCAUUUGAUGGAAACCCACCGAACAUCACAACCAAAUCCCGGCUGACGGAGAAGUUCUCAGGGUCCAUGGGACAAAAUGUCACCAAACCCACAUCAGGGGCCUUGACUGGAAACAUCUGGGAGAAACCAACUGAACCGUUGUUAUUUUAAACUCUUGUUUGUGUACUUUCUCUGCCUCUAAACCUUCAGGUCCUGAAUCACUGUGUUGUUAAAACCCAUGAGACACGUCAUCGUCCCUCCUCCACAGAUAAGACGUCUUCCACACACCUCCUGAAUGCCUGUAUGCACAUUUACUGUGAGACGCCCCCUGCUGUGUCUGUACUCGGGCGCCACGCUCACCGCCACGUGCAUUCCUUGACUUUUAUUUUGUAGGGCCUGCUGUCUAUAUAUGGCUUUUCCUUACACUUGUUGCAACGUGAAGAAUAAUUUUGAAGAGUAUGCAAUUACAUAAGGCACAUUUGUAUGAUGCUUUCACAUUUCUUAAAACACAGUCUCACAUUUACAAGUGCAUUUCGUUCUCUAGGUGUAUUUAUUCUAAUGCAAAGGACCAGAUGUCACUGAGCAGUCCGGCUGCACAGGAACCCCUCGGAGCUCUGACAGCUGCCUCUGGCCUGACUGUUCUGCAUAUCAAGGCUUUGCACAGGCCUCAGAGGGCCGGGGGGGGGGGGGGGGGCUCAGGUCCUCGUACUGAUGUCGACAUGGUGGCUUCUUAAAGGGAUUAACUGCAUCCGACUGAGUUUGGGUGACGAUAGAUAUUGUGUGUGUUUGGGAAAUAAAUGGAGUGUUAAAGGUUUUUUAAAACAAUGAUUUUCAUUUUA